UUCACCAUCAUCAUCACCUUCCUCCUCCUCUCUCAUUUUCUUUGGUGAUUAUGCUCCCUCCUUAGCUUUCUCUCUCUAACUUUCUUCUCCUUUCUCUCUCUAGUUCAUACACCAUCAUCAUCAUCAUCAUCAUCAUCAUCAUCAUCAUCAUCAUCAUUCCCCUUCAUCAUGUCUCAUAAUCCUUACUUUAAUCAUCAUCACUAUUCUAAUUACCCCAAUUUUAAUCACUUCUUCCCUACCCAUAAUAUCAUUAAUCAUAAUAAUCAUAACAAUAUUAAUAAUCCUUAUGAUUUUAAUUUCUUUUUCUCUAAUAAUAAUAAUAAUAAUAAUAAUAAUAAUUCCUCAUCAUCAAUUACAAAAUCACCCCCUUCUCCUCCACUAAGAGAAGCCCUCCCUCUCCUAACUUCAAGCCCUGUGAAAAAUAACCAUCAUCAAUUUAAUCUUAAUCUUAAUGAAUAUGAUCAUAAUAAUUAUGAUCAUAAUCAUAAUCAUGAUCAUUACACCCCCAUGGAAGUUGAUCAUCAUAAGCUCUUUCUCAACGACAACGACGACGAUGACGGCGAUGGAUAUGCUGAUGACGGUGACGGUGAAGAUGACGACGAUGAUGACGUCACGGUGGCUCUUCAUUUAGGGUUACCAAGUUAUAAUACUUCAACAGCUGGAGCUGAUCUAAUCACCUCUUCCACCGCCACCGCCACCGCCGCCGCUUCUUUCUCCUCAUCCACCACCAGUCCAACUUCCGAUCAUCGUCGUCAUCAACACAACAAGAACAAUGGAAUGACGAUGAUGAUGACGAAGAUGACGACAGCGACUAACACUGAUUAUUAUCAAGAAGAGAGUGGUGGAAGUAGAUCAGAAGAAGUUACAGUAGCUUCUUCAUCAAGCUAUAAUAACAACAAUGAUCAUAUAAAUAUUAAUACUAAUAAUUCAUUAGUAGGAACAGUGAACAAAGGGCAGUACUGGAUCCCAACCCCUGCUCAGAUUUUGAUUGGCCCCACUCAAUUCUCUUGCCCUCUUUGUUUCAGAACUUUCAACAGAUACAACAACAUGCAGAUGCAUAUGUGGGGCCAUGGAUCACAAUACAGAAAAGGACCCGAAUCAUUAAGAGGAACCCAACCAACAGCCAUGUUAAGGUUACCAUGUUAUUGCUGUGCACCGGGUUGUAGAAACAAUAUCGACCACCCACGGGCCAAACCGUUAAAGGAUUUUCGGACCCUCCAAACCCAUUACAAGAGAAAACAUGGUAUUAAACCAUUUGCAUGUAGGAAAUGUGGUAAACCCUUUGCUGUAAGAGGGGAUUGGAGGACCCAUGAGAAGAAUUGUGGUAAGUUAUGGUAUUGUUCUUGCGGGUCGGAUUUUAAGCAUAAAAGAUCUUUGAAGGACCAUAUUAAGUCAUUCGGGCAUGGGCAUACCGCGUAUGGGAUUGACUCGUUUGAAGAAGAGGAUGAACCGGCUUCUGAGAUUGAACAAGAUAACGAGUCGAAUCAAUGAAGUGCCCUACCGGGUCGGAAUCCCGGACGGGUCAAACCGCUCGGGUUAUAUGGUGCGUUGUAGCUUCUGGUACGAAUGAGUCACGAGGGUAAUUGAUGGUAUGUAACGUUGUAGCUAGUUAGGCAAAUGAGGAAUGUAUGUAGUUAUUAUGUUAGUUGUUGUUGUCUAAUUAAUUAGGUUUAGUUUUUGUUUAAUUAAAAUCUCCUAGUUAUCUUUUGGGUUAAUUAACUAGGGUUUAGUUUUCUAGCUCUUUCAAUUCUCAGCAAUGUAAACAAUUUGAUCAAUCAAGAAUUCAAAUGCAAGUUAAAGUUAGUAGGA